AUGAGUUUCCAAGACAAAGUAGUUGUCGUCAUUGGUGCCAGUUCUGGCAUUGGAGCAGCCGCUGCAAUCAAGUUUGCAGAAGAAGGAGCUAAAGUAGCCUUAGUGGGCAGAAACCAGGAGAAACUGAACAACGUCGCAAAGAAAUGUGGUAAUCCGUUAAUUAUCGCUGCUGACAUUACUAAAGAUGAAGACGCCAAAAGAAUUAUUGAAGAGACCGUAAGACAUUUUGCAAAGAUUGAUAUUUUAAUAAACAAUGCUGGUACAGGAAGUAGAACCAAUAUUCAAGAUAAAAGCUACAUUCAAAUUUUUGAUCGAAUAAUGAAUACAAACCUACGCGCAAUGGUUGUGUUGACCCACCUCGCUGCACCUCAUUUGGUGAAAACAAAAGGUAAUAUUGUAAACAUAUCAAGCGUCGCUGCUUAUCGAGUUAUAAUUCCCGAAAGUUCCGCAUACUGUGCAUCAAAAGCUGGAUUAGAUCACUUCACUAGAACUGUGGCACUUGAACUAGCCCCACACGGUGUUCGAGUCAACGUCAUUAAUCCAGGCCCUGUAAGAACAGAUAUUAUUGAAAAUACUACGGGAGUAUCGAAGGAAGAGGCGACAGCAAGCUUCGAUAGUAUGAAAACUCUGACUGCACUCUCAAGAGUUUCGGAACCUGAGGAGGUAGCCGAUCUGAUUUUGUUUACAGCCAGUGACAAGUCUAAGGCUAUCAUCACAGGAUCAUCUAUUGUAACUGACAACGGAAUGUUGUUGAAAUAA